UGUCUCGGAACCUUAAAUGGCAUGCUUGUGACUGUCACGCAAUCCAAGGACAUGAGUGCAGAGUCUGAAACCACGAAUCUUCACUCCCAUCAAGUUUGAACUUGCUACGUUUGGCCCACAUAAGCUCUAUUAACUAUGCUCAGGCUCGCUCAGUGUGCUACAUCUUGCAUUCAUGAACAUCGGCUGGCUCAGAAGCGGUUACGGUCCCGAACUUCUUGUGCGUACCCGACCCAGAAAACCAACGGAUCGUCCCGUUCUUGCUUUCUUGCAUACUUGGAUGUGGACUACGACGAAGAACAUACCAGUUUCACUAGAUUUUACCAUAUCUCACCCAGUUAAUUGUCACCAUGCUCAUCCGUCUCGUCCCCUCCGUAUCACAUGGCACUGUUCUCUACAACGUCUCUUUUCCGAUCAACAUUCCUAAUUUGCCUACUCCCCCUGCGUGGUCAAACCAGUUACACCAUCUGGCCUCGGUGUUAUGCCUCGAACCUCCCCAGAACAUUCAUGUGUUCGACCGUUCAGUUGGUCUGGUCGCCCGGAUAACUGAAGUCAUGUUCGAUCUACCAACCAAGGAGGUCGUCGUGAACUUCGUUGAUGGGCGCAUUGAAAAGCUGCCUAUGAACUCGCACUGCAUGCAGAUGCUUCAAGGCGUUCUUGACGACGUUAAAACGUGCACUGAACAGGAAUCUCGACGAGAUAGCUUCGAAUACGCCACCUCCACUAGCAUCUGCAGCAAUGCGGUCAGUUCUCAGGAUAUCCCUAGCGCCCCCCCGAAGUCUCCGAAAUUGAGCAGGCAUAAGAAGCAGCGCUCCCUGCUGUUUUCUUUGAUCUCCUCGUUGGUACCACGUUCCUUGUCUCCGCCCCCGGCCCCUCCUCCAUCACCUACCACACCCUACCCCUCGUCUCCCUCUCCCCUUCCGCCAAUCCCCCCUAUUACACCCCGCAAUACAUCAUUUUCUCCCAUCCCGCAAUCUCCAGUCUCCCCCUGUAACCCCGCUUUCCCACCAUCAACAGAUCCGCCAAUUCUCCGUCGUCGUGCACGCGCUACACUUAUAGAUGCCUGGAGACGACAUGUUGUUUGCGCGCUUUCGGCUCACAACCAUUAUGCAGGGUACACUGAAUGGGUACUCCGUGGUAUGGCUACCAGUGCUCGCACCGAACUGAGGGAAAUCGAGAAAUCCUGGCAGCCUGGGCGCGGUGCGACUCGCAGACAUGGAAGGAUACAAAGUGAAGGGAGACUCGCUCUUGACUUUGGUGAGCGCGGCUCUGAAGAGACGCAAGGACAAUGGCGUGUACCUUCGCCAUUUCUUGACGAAGUCGAGGGUGAAAAUGAUGAUUGCGUCGUAUAUCCUCGUCACCAACAAGCACACGAAUGCGGCGCAAUUCGCCAUGUCCGUAACCCAAGUGCAUGCGAUGAACUGGAAGCGUAUGCUUUUGAGUUCAGCGUGGAGAAUGGCAGCCUCUUACGCGAGAGCUUCGGCUUUGGAACUGAUGUUUUUGGUGAUGUGUGGGAUGAUGAUGACCAUGUCGCUUUCGAUAAUUUUGGCGCCCUGCGCCUAGGAGCGGAGUUCACCUUCGACAACGGACAGCUCAAUUUCAACGAGGAUUUUGGAAGUGAUUACGAGGGUGGCGACUAUUAUGCUGACAUGACAUUUGCUGCUAUGCCGUCCGAUGCCACCGAGGAAGAUGAGUCAGAUGAAAGCCAAACAUCUUUGCGUACCCCCGAGGACGGUGAAAUGCUACCUCUGCCGCUCCCGGCUACAUUACCAAGAUUAUCUGAGAACGGUUCAUGCUUUCAGCAGCGCAGUCAUUUUGACGCUGUUCCGACGGUUGUCUCAAAAACCACUUCUUCCCGUCCAAAAACUCGACCUCUUCGUCCAAGCCCCGGAGAUCCUUCUGCUGCGCCGCACAUAUGUGCCAAGCCCACUACCGCGGCGCCAUGGAACUGCCGAUCGGCGAUGCAUCCACAGCAGUUAUCCACGCAUUUCCCUUCAUCACCGUCUCGUCUGCCCAAGCGCAUGUCCAUUCCGAACGCGGAGGAACUUAUUUCCACUCGUGUUGCCUUACUUUCACGAAUUCGAAGUGCUCUAACUUAUGUGCGUACUCGCGCACGCGAGGAGCAUUGGGGCUUGUUAUGGUCACAAAGCUCUUUUGGGGGUGGAUUGAUGGACCCUGAAUCUGAGGGGCAGCUUGAAAUUAGGGCACGCAGGCGUGCAUGGAGUGCAGGCAUCAAAGUCACUGCGGCUUCUGCGCCAACCUUAUUUUCGGUCGCUGUCCAGGGUUCUAGCCCGGGUACGAGGGUAUGGGAUGGUUCGGUCCCAUCUGCUGUGCAUAUCCCUUAUCGACCUCCUGGACUCAUACCACCUGUGAAAAAGGUGAAUGGACCGAUUAUCCCGACUGGCCUUGUGUUAGGCAGACCUGUCAGGCGGUCACCAUUAGCCAUGUAUGUGUGGAGCGCGGAUGAUGUGGCCAAGAAAGACACUGGUCGUCACAGCAAAUACGGAGAUAUUGACCUGAAACGUGGUGGAGGAACAGCGGCUUUGAAGCGCCCCCUGCGUGUUUCAUUCCUCGAAAGUCCCACUAAAUUGCUUCCUGUUCGUGAGGAAGGCGACGACGAGGAAGGAAGAACCUCCAAGAUCGACUUCCCGCAAAGCCCUACGUCGCCGACUUCACCUGAAGUUAACUCAGGCAUCACUCCGGACGAGAGAUAUGGUAUCAACCAGGGUGAUGUCAGUGCGACUGAUGAUCCAUUCUUUUGUUCUCCCUUUCAUGCGCGUGCGCGGACUACGAGCAUGUAUCCUUGCUCUCAAUCCUCGCAGGAACUCCCUAUGUUUAGGCCAAGGACGCCUCCUCCAUCGUAUCAGGCUGCCAUUGGUGAAGAUAACACCGAUGAUGAUGACGAUAACGACGAUGAAUCCGACAAUGGAACACUCGAUGCCUGUGCACUUUUAUUCCAACCUCUUUCAACGCUGUGCUUGACAUCGCCCACAAAAACUACACCUACACGGCCUCCGCUAGUAACAGCUCCGCCAUUUACCCCUCGAGUUCGUGCUGUGUCCUUACCCACGUGCCCACGUCGCCCACGUAGUCCAUCUCUCUCUUCGAGGUCAACCGAUGAGGGUUAUCAGGAUCUGUCGCAGGCUUACGUUGCGCCACCACCAACCACCCCCAUUACGGCAGCGCCAACCAUUGCAGUGACUGAGUCUUACCUCACUUAUGCGCACCUUCAUGCCCCAGUGCCUAUCAGUGGGAAAGCUAGCGUGACAAAAGGCAUGUGUGAGAAGGGAAAGGGAAUAGCCAGCCAGGAGGUGGUCUUUGAGCGGAACGGGGAGGAAUAUACUCUGGGUCUGGAAGUGGCAUUGGGUAGGGCAGAGGAGGGACGCUCAGUCUGGUGAAAACAGAAAUGCAGUUCAAUAGAACCAAAACUUGGGAACCGACUACUAACUGCUCUAAUCCUUAUUCAUGUCUAUCAUGCUUUCUUUCGCACUAGCUUUCGCGUUUUC